CUGCUCGGUAUUCAUCGGCUCUGCUCGGCUGCUAACGUUUGUUAUCUCCGCCCCCGGCCUCCACGCCGCUCGGUAUUCAUCGGCUGUGCUCGGCUACUAACGGUCGGUGUGUUCAAAUCUUCGGCCGCAGCUCCUCCUGGAGACUGAAGUAAAGAAAGAACCGACAGAAAAGAGGGAAACAGACGACAAGAAGAGAUAUACGGAGUGUGGUAGCGGAAUGACGGUGCUGCAGGAACCUGUCCAGGCUGCAGUGUGGCAGGCUCUGAACCACUACGCCUUCCUGGACGCCGUUUUCCUCGCUGAGAGACUCUACGCUGAAGUGAGGUCUGAGGACGCCCUGUACCUGCUGGCGACAUGCUACCACCGCUCUGGGAAGCCCUAUAAAGCGUACCGGCUGCUGAAGGCUCACAGCUGCUCCACGCCGCAGGUUAGAUUCCUGCUGGCCAAGUGCUGCGUGGAGCUCAGCAAGCUGGCUGAAGGAGAGCAGGUUCUGAUUGGUGGAGUGCUGAACAAACAGAAGAGUCAGGAUGACAUCAUCACGGAGUUUGGAGACUCUGCGUCCUUCACCCUCUCGUUACUCGGACACAUUUACUGGUAGGACACA